GUGACAGUUAAUGAGUAUAGGGGCCUAGAAGUGUCAGGUAUUUUGUCUUAGGUCAAGACUUGACUCGCCCGUCUUUUGAGCGAUUUCAUUCACAGGGUGAGCCGCCACAACGAUUUCGCUCUUCGGAUGCGACGAGUCAUUGAAAUUUUGGUGUGCGUUGUAAAGACGCUCUCAUACCAUCGCUACUACUACUACUAACAAACUUUGUGUAUUGGUGAAAAGGAGGAAAAUUUUCAUCUCAGCCUGUGACAAAAGCAUUGCGUGAUAGCUACUACCCUACGUCUUUUUCCUGUGCCAAGUUACAGUUUGAAAUAGUGGAUACAGUUACCCUGAAGAAAUCGCUGUAAAAUCGAGGUUCCCCGUAUGUUUCCAACCUGUACCUUAUUUUUCAUGUGGACGACAUUCGCUUGCAUAUUUACACCGGGACGCUCCACUAUAGCCCGUGUUUGGGCGAAAUCUGCCUUUAAGAUGGUGGUGUUAAGAUGAGGGCCAGGUCACCUGCCCCUCCUGCCGCGACAUCGGUUUCCUUCUCCUCCUCCUCCUCCUCUUCCUCGUCGUCGUUGUGCCCUCCCGGCAUUAUAGGUUCUCCAAAGUCGCACUCCGGGUCCUCGUCAGUUUUCAAGAAGCCCUUCUUGAUCGUCCUGCCUUAUCUGGCGUUGGUCGUUCGGUACGUCACUUCUGUGAAGUGUAAUGCGGUGAUGUGGAGAAUGGUUCGGCGAUAUUUGCCCUACACUUUGGUUGGGGCAGUCAUACUGCUUCUGCUCUACCGAACCCAGCUGCCUUGCAAAGAAUCGCAGCCAUACAUUCACGCCAGAGAGCGUAUUGCUACCGACAGCAGUGGAGCUGUGCAUAAAUAUGAUCGUGGAGAAGCCUUAAUAUUUAUUGGUGGGAUGCCCAGGUCGGGCACUACUCUAGCGCGUGCCAUGUUAGAUGCCCACCCUAACAUCCGAUGUGGGGAGGAGACCCGCGUAGUGCCCAGGAUAUUGCAGAUGAGGCAACAGUGGAAAAGAUCUGCAAAGGAGUCGAUGAGAUUGCAAGAAGCUGGUGUCACAGAUGAGGUGUUAGAUGAAGCAAUAUCUUCUUUCAUCUUGGAUAUAGUAGUCAAUCAUGGUCAUCCAGCUUCCCGCCUCUGCAAUAAAGAUCCUUUCACAUUAAAGUCAGCCUCAUAUCUUUCAAAACUUUUUCCCAACUCUAAGUUUCUAUUCAUGGUGAGAGAUGGCCGAGCGACAGUGCAUUCCAUCAUAUCGCGUAAGGUCACCAUCACUGGCUUUGAUCUUUCAUCUUACAAGCAAUGUUUACAAAGAUGGAACAAUGCAGUACAAACUAUGAAUACGCAGUGUGAAGAACUUGGCCCAACUAAAUGCUUGCAUGUCUACUAUGAACAGCUAGUUUUGCAUCCACAAGAAUGGAUGAAAAAGAUUUUGAAUUUCUUGGAAAUUGAGUGGAAUGAUGCUGUUUUGCACCAUGAAGACCAUAUCAAUAAACCUGGAGGAGUUUCACUCUCCAAAGUGGAACGUUCCAGUGACCAAGUAGUAAAGCCAGUCAACCUUGAUGCUCUUACAAAGUGGGUUGGCCAGAUUCCAAAAGAAGUGGUUGAAGAUAUGGCCAACAUAGCUCCCAUGUUGGCAACCCUUGGGUACGAUCCAUAUGCCAAUCCACCAAAUUAUGGUCAGGCUGAUCCCAUGGUGGCCAAUAACACAAAACGAAUUAUAAGAGAAAUGAACAAGUGGCAGGACCGGGCUGAGGAAGCUCUUAGUUUGUCUAAACAUCGCAAAGGUGAUAACACGUGAUUGCUGUGAAGACUGUUUUCCCAGUGUUUACUGAUUCCCAGUAAACACUGGUAUGACUCAAAUGUAGUAAAUAGUUGGGGCUAACUUAUGUGAGUGUGUGGCAUUUGAAAUUUGGUGUUAAUAGUAAAGAUAACAUCAUUGUCAUCCUUAAAUCUGAAGUGAAUAAAACAGAAGUAUACAGUGAAUGUAUGUGUUGAUAUAUUUGUUUUGAGUGUCUUCAACUUUGUUGGUACAAAGACUCAUAGUAAUGAAAUUGGACCAACAUAUUUAUGUAUUGUCAUGAAAAAUGGAUGUGCAUUUAAAGUACUACAAGGGGCUGCAAUUCAGAAACACCCAUUCCUCCCUCUGAUGUUGGAGACAUUUCCUUGAAUACGGUAUAUCCAUCAGUUUAUGGCCUCUUAGGAGGAGACUUGCCUUUCGCAUAGUUGGUUUAUGGAUUGAAAUUUUUAAAUGUUCUUUCAAAUUAAUGGAAAAAUUCAGUGAAAUUGGAGCAAUUAUCCACACAUUGCUCUUCUUGUUUCCAGUAUUGAGAAAUGCAAUCAAAAGUUCCCUUGAGUUGAUAUACAGUUUAUAAGUUUAAUAGUUCCUCUGUUGUCUUCACAUUUGUCUCGAAAAUAAUAUUCUGAACCUAAGGAACAUGAUGAAGAAUUAGCAUUACCACAAAAUUGAACAUUACUUGUAUUGAUGUACAAAUACAGUGUAUAUGGUUACAAACAACGGAAGUGUUAAGUGAUUUAUAAAAAAGAUAUUCAUGCAGUACUGUUGGCAGAAGCUAAAGCACAAUUGUGUUGAUGUAUAUUUUGUAAAAGAUUUGGUAUAAUGCCAUGCAUACAAUUUAAAAUAAUGUGGAAUGCCUUAAAAUUUAUUUAAAAGAUCAGCCUUAAUGAGAGUUAACAUAAUUUGAAAUUAUGAAAUCUUUGAGAAUUUCAUAAAUUUGCACAAAAGGUGAACCAGGGAAAGUAGGGAAAGAAAAGUCACUGUUUUGUAAUGUGGGCAUGACUACUGUUCUGCAGUAGAAAAUAUACGCACUUUGGUGUAAAGUACAGAGGUGCUUGGUUUUGUACAUUAUGGAAUUUUAGAAAUCUUCCUGUGCCGUGCUGGAGUCUGGAGUUGCUACAGGGGACUAGUGCUAAACUAUCACUGAAAAAUGUUGGUUAAAAUAUUAAAUGGUGCUCAAUACCCAACUAUAAUUUUAGUAAUUUAUACUUGUGUGCUUCUUAUGUAACAUAUGUUUGUUGAUAUUAUUAAAUAUAUAGUCAUGAAAACUGGAUAUCUUGCUAAAAGUAAAAUCAACUUUAAUUUACUUAAAUCUUGUGAGAAUAGAAACCAUUGCUUUUAAUGUAGUAUUCCUCAGAUGGAGCUGGAAUAUAUUAUUGAAACUUGAUAAUGAGUUCGUUAACCCAAGAUGAAUGGCGAGUCUGGGAGCAAGCACUUUCCUUUGGCCAUGGCUAUGAACAAAAGUGAAGAGCAAAAGCUGUUUAGAUAGUACUGCCAUAUCUUUUCUACCCUUUCUUCCUUCCUUCUGGUGGUUCUUUCCUGGCUUUGAAGGGAUAUGUGCAUGAGGAUAACCGACUAGAAUCCACACACUGACUGUGCUGACCCAGGUGCUUGUGCAAAACUUUCCGCAAAUGAGACUAGGACAUAUUUGUGGUUUGCAACUGCCUGCCCAUUCUUCAUCAGGGCACCUACUAAAGGUGUGGCCUUCUCUCUAUUCCAGGAAGCCCAUAGUUUUCUGCCAUUUCGAAUUACUCAGAUGUGGCUAAGGUGCUUUUCCUGCUCUUGCUGCCCCUCCUGUCCCUGCCAAGGAGUUUAACCCAAUAGUCUCUUGUUGUGCUCGUCUUACUUGUGGGAAACAUGCCUAUCUUAUUAAGUAGGGGUCACAAUAGUUCUGCUAUGGUGGAGAAGAGUUAGAUUCAGGGACAGAGGAGGGUGGAGAUAUGGAGGUGUAUCUCUUCUGCUACUCCUUCCUGUUUUCUGAGUAGGAGUAAGUAUAUAGUAGUAGUUUAGGAAUUUCUUUCACGAGAUCAUGCUGGAUUUAAUAUGACUUUCCUCUCAGAAGGACAGAGACAGUGUUUGCUAACCUCUGGGUGAAACAUCUACUGUAGAUGGGGUUGACAUGGGUUCCUGAGCAUGCUCAUAACAUGAGUCUUCCUUCAGCAAAGUUAUGCAGAGUAGAGUUGGCACCUCCAUCUCAUUUGGCAAGUGCAUGUAUGGACAGGUUUGGUGCACAUCAGGACACUACAAUAUUCCUGGAUAUCAUGAUCUGAAUGUGGUUGUUGGUGCACACUUGUGGAUCAUGUAUAUGUGUACAUGAUCCACAUCUUGUGUGUUCAGACAAGAGGGUUCAAGUGCAAAUGUUGCUGUAUUACGAUACACUAGAUAUGGCGAGCAUCAUGCAUAUGAUUGUGCAGACUCUGAUAACACGUGUAAGAGUUUGUCCAAAGCCUCUAUUGGUUCAGUUUUGGCUGGUCAUACAAGUCUAUAAGAAUGAGAAACAAUUUUAAGAGUUACGAGGCAAUGUAGGCUUGUAAUUCUGUGAUUGGUAUUACCUGUUCCCAUACAUAUGUCCAUUCCUUGGGGAAUCUGAUGGAACUGGAAGGUCCCUCACCUUCAAAACCCCACCAGGCUGAGUUGUUUCGACACUUUUGAGAGGUCAUUGAGCUCAUUAACCCUUAAUGGACUGAUUGCUGUCUCGGGAGUAGUAAUAACAGGUUUGAGGUGGUGGACGGAUUAAUCCUGUAGAUAAACGGUAUUGAGCGCCAUCAAUUUGGAAAGAAUCGGGUGGAAAGAAGUGCCAAUACUUCUAUAACUCAUAAAUUCACUUAUAGGCAACUUUUACACAAGCUAAAAUCAAGACUCGUGGCUCAGGACUUCAGUUCUUCUGACUUCAAGGUGGAAUGUAUUGCGUCUCUCUCAAAUGACGUCUUUUUGUAAAUUUGCUCACAAAUAUACCAAGGGGUUGCUGUUGGUUUUUGUUCUUGUCUUUUAUGAUAGUAUUUAGGUUGUAAAUGUAAUUUUGCAAAGAAAUAUUAAAAAAACACAAAAAUAAAGAAAAAUUUACUGAAUCUUCAUUCUCAGAAAAUUUAUGUAAAUAUUUUACAACAAAUAUACUAAGAAUUUGUUAAUGAUCACAAUUCUUACCUGUUUUGAUAUGGGUGAACUGUAAUUAUAAUUUUACAAAAUAAAAUUAUUAGAAAAAAACAUAUACAAGUUGGUAAAAUUUACGACUUGUAAAAGAGGCCCCACAAGGGGUUGUAAAUAGUCAUUUUCAACUUCUCGUGGAAGGCAAGGAAAAUUUUUAUGAAUUUUUUUUCUUUCACCAUGUGCAUUUCCUGUUUCCAUUGAUGUGGGUUUUUUUUGUUUUGGUAAAUUGGCUGAACUCAAAGUUUAUCUGGCCUGAGGAGCUAUAUGUUGAUAUAUUUAUCUGUCCAAUAAGGGUUAAUGAGCACACUGAUCUGGGGAGGCAAAACCAGUGGCAUUGUUUAACUAUUCUUAGUGACUGUACAUUUAUCAGGUGCACUUUGGCAAUACAAGACCAUUGUGGUCUUACCUUGCAAGUGGUGUUAUGGACCAGGUGAACAGUCUGAUCUCCAGAACAGAAUGCUCCUUGCUGUUUAGCAGAUGGUGUGACUCCCUUAAGGGAGGGCUAGAAGCAUUCCUAGCCCUUUUGGCCACAUCUUCCACCUCUGGUUAAAAAGGGAGGCAAGGAGAAGAAUCAAAGGAGAUGCUGAGGUAGAAAAUCCUUUACAGUUGCCUUUCAUAUCAUUAAGCAGUGUAGCAGAGAUGGGCCGGAGUCCUGGGUGGUCUCCGUUGUUCAUGUCAAUCCUGUUUUUGGUCUACCCCUUAGGAUCUCCCAAGCUCUGGGUCUGCUAGGAAAGUACAAGAAAAUAUGCUGAAAGUUGUAGAUAAUUGCACUCCUGACUUUUAUAAUCUUUUCUUGGUAGAGAAAUCAUUUGCCGAGUUAUUGAGUCACUUCUUUGAAUGAAUUUGUGCUUGAAAAGCUAAUUUUUUGUUGUAUUCCCUCAGAGGGGAUGACUCCUUACUUUCAGUGAAUCAGAAGAUGUGUACCCUCAGGUACCCAUCCAUUAGCCCUUCAAGCAUUGCCUUCACUUUUCUUUGAAGACUGUCCACGAGUUCAAAGCUUUGUGCUUUAGACUGGUGAGCAUUCUCAGAUGCACAGUACUUAGGAAGAGAGACUGCUUCUCAAAUUUUGUUGUGAUUUGGGGAUUAUAAUAGUAACCACCGGAAUCUGUUUUCUAUUCCACAUAUUACUCUAGUUUCAGGCUUCUGAAGGAGCAAGGUGGCUUAAUCUAAAACAACUGGAAGUUGGAGAUCACACGCAAAGCAGCAGGCAAGUUCCUGGUCAUGCUGGUAGAUACAGAAGCAGGGAAUUUUUCUGUCAGACCCUCAUGUCAUCAAGCUGAGGAAUGUGUCAGUGCAGUUCCUGUCACCAGCUUGACCUUUUCAGGUUGUCCUCGGUCAUUUUUCAUCCUUGAAGAAGCUUGUACCACAUAGGUACCUCUGCUAACGCUUGCUUGAAUGGCAGUUGAAGCAGCAUUGAUCAGCCUCAAGCAUUCUUCCCUCCCAGUUAAUGCCGAUGAGCCAAGAAGUAAGGGAGGACUUGCCGUUUGGCUAAAUGAUGGGAGUUUUCUUAACCUCAUCUCCAGGGAUGCUCUUGUUAUUAGGUGCAUGAAAGGAGUGUAGGUCUCUCUACCUUAGGUGUGAACAAAAGUUGAGACAGCAACCUUAUAGUGACAUACAUAAACACGCAUUGGGGAAUGGUUUCCCUUCACUUCUGUCAAAUGGCAAAGCAGAUGCACGCCUUUGAACUUUUAGCUGGGUAAAUUCUGGGCAUGAAAAAUGUUUUGGCAGACUAGCUCAGCUACCAGGGGCAGGUUGUGGGGACUGAAUGGUUCCUACAUCCUUGUGUGGCGGAAACUCUCCAUUCCAUACCAGACUGCUGGGCUGCUUUUGCAACUCGGGGGCAGUGUGACUAUGUAUGCCUUUCCAUCAUGCAGCCAGGUUCUUCAAGUGAUCAAUAGAGCAAUUAUCACUCCAGUCUCUGAUAACUUUGACCCUAGGAGUCCCUGCUGUACUAUUGUAGAAUGUAAUCUCUUGUCUCCCCUUCUUUAAAAAGGUGGUGGAAAAGGAAGAGGCAGGGUAGAGCCUUUACCCAUACCCAUUGAUUACAUUAUCCACAAUGAAAGACUGCCAACCAAUGGUUCCCCACCUUCACACAAAGGAAAUCCAAAUUCUUUGGGACUGGUUUGUCACUCUGUAUGGUGUCCUGUUCCACCCACAAAGAUGUUCAACCUGUUGGCACUACCCCCUUGAGAAGUCUCUUUUGUCUGUGUCCCCCUAUAGGAAUAAAUGCAAUUUUUUCUAAGUACGGAAACUAUUUUUCUUAGGUAUACAAACUGAAGCCUUUUAUAUUGAGGGUAACCAAGCUUAUCCACCCUGCUAUUAUAUUUCUCUUCAGUUUCACAAUGAAUACAGGCCAGAAGACCAAUGGGUAACAUCAGUUGGGUGAGAUUGGGCAUCAUCUCUCCCCAGUCUCCACCUGGGUAUCACCCUUGUUUAGUUAGUAUAAGGCCAGUUCAGUGUAUGUGUAGAAGUAUACUCCGUAAUGAAGGGCUACAUUUUGUGUACUUAGGAAAAAUACAAAAUACUUUAAAAAUUUGGCAUUUUGGUCCCAUCCUGGGUGGGAUCUUGAUCUGGUGACUAUCAUAUAAGCAACUAAGUCCCCUUUGACCCACACUUCUUUGUCAGCCACAAUGCUUUGAGGUAGGUCCAAUAACAUGUACCAUAGAGUAGACCAUCUUCUCCAAUUUAUGUCAUAGAUGAUGAUCUCUCAUUCCACCUUUAUCAUGACAAGUUCCUUUCAGUCCAUGUGGUGAGGGCCUGUUGCUCUACCUUUAGCCAGGUUUUCCAGCUGAAAGGCAGGGAUCUCUCUUCCUUGGGAUAGUUGCCCAUGCUCAUCCUCCACCAGCUUACACAGAUGCCAUAGAACCCUUGCGAGUAGCCUCGGAUCAAGAUCUCAUCCUCAAGACUUGAUCAGUGCCUUAGCCUCAUUGUCUUAUGUUGAGAAGUUGCAGUUUCAUGGCUUGUGGAAAGCUGGGGUGGUCUUCUGCUCACUUCCAGUUAACUCCCUUGUUAGCCAGUUUGAGCUUUUGCCGAGAAAUCCUCCAACCUAGAAGGCUGUGGUUUGUGCUUACUUAGAAAUUUCAUUUUAGUAAUGUUUUCAUGCACUCUUCAAUUGGGUAAGGCAUGGUUUCAUUAGAAUUUCUCAGUAAUGAAAGCCAUUGGGUGAUAAAUAUACUUUUUUGGUGGUUAUGUUACUUUUAUUUUCUGAAUUGAUUCAACAACAUAUUCAUAAUUAUGGAAAAGUACAGGUCAUAAUCUGUCAUUUUCAGUAUUGUGGCUGAUAUUUCUUUUAUGAGAAGCACAAUGUUUGCCAUCUUUUUGAGAGCAGUCAGACAUUUUAGCCCUGUUUCUCAAGUUCUUUAUAGUUUUCUGGGUGUUAAGGGGCCAAGUGUGAGAGUACUAUCAUUAAUACCAGGCAGGGUUUAUGAAUGCCCUUUCACAAUUUGUAAACUUUUUGAAAUUUCUCUUAUUUGAUGGUCACGUAAUGUGAUGGGUAAAAAAUUUCCAUUAACUGCUGGAGUAUGAGUAAUUACUUGGAAAGUUAUGUCCCCUAUCUUGGAAAGAGGAAUGAGUGCUGUAAAUGUUGCUUCCGACAUGAAUAUAUGUCUCCUUUACUUCCAUAUAUUGUACUUUAAGCAAUUUUAAUCUUAUAAAAUAUGCUCUCCAGAAGGGUAAACUGUUACAAUUCCAUUUAGAAUUUUAGUAUCUAAUAACUUGACUUAAGUGCAAUAUAUGAAUAAAUUUUUUAAAAUAUCAAAUCAGUGUUAUCACAUUGAAGGAUAUAAAAAUAUACUGAGAUCA